CAGUGGCCGCUGGCUCCCGCCCCCGCCGGGUGGCAGACGUGGAAGUUACUGGCGGACCGGGCUUCCUAGGAAACCGCCUCCGAGCCCGAGCCGGAGGCCGAGGCGAGCGGAGGUGGCGGCGCCGGGAUACGAGUAGGAGUCGCUGCCGAGGCCUGUCUCUGACGAUCGACGAGGGCGGACAGGCGUUUCACCAUGGGUGGCUUUUUCUCAAGUAUAUUUUCAAGUCUGUUUGGAACCCGGGAAAUGAGGAUUUUAAUUUUGGGAUUAGAUGGAGCAGGAAAAACUACGAUUUUGUACAGAUUACAGGUUGGAGAAGUCGUUACUACCAUUCCUACUAUUGGAUUCAAUGUCGAGACAGUAACAUACAAGAACCUUAAAUUCCAAGUCUGGGAUUUAGGAGGGCAGACCAGUAUCAGGCCAUACUGGAGAUGCUAUUAUUCAAACACAGAUGCAGUGAUUUAUGUAGUAGACAGUUGUGACCGAGACCGAAUUGGCAUUUCUAAAUCAGAGUUAGUUGCCAUGUUGGAGGAAGAAGAGCUGAGAAAAGCCAUUUUGGUGGUGUUUGCAAAUAAGCAGGACAUGGAACAGGCCAUGACUCCCUCAGAGAUGGCAAAUGCACUGGGACUACCUGCCUUGAAGGACCGAAAAUGGCAGAUAUUCAAAACUUCAGCAACCAAAGGCACUGGCCUUGAUGAGGCAAUGGAAUGGUUAGUUGAAACAUUAAAAAGCAGACAGUAAUUCAGUCACUUCUGCGCCCCUGAAAUGAAGACCGUAUCAUGUAUCCCCAUGGAAACAGCUGGUGUGCUUCACACUACUAAAUGCUAGAACUGUGUGUGAUUGUUGGCGUAUACUGAACUGACCACAGCAUUUGUAAUAAAUAUGAAAAAUAAGUAUUUGGUAGGAAGGGUACCCAUCGUGAUCGAACCAGCUGAAUAUCUGGCCUGUGUAAUGUAAAAUAUUCCUUCCUUUCUUGUGUUAAGGGUAUAUAUUCUAUUUGUGUGGAAUUCUUAUUCAAAUGCAGUCCUAUUUAAAGAAUGUGCUCUAAUUGAGGGAAAAAACCCUAUUUUUGAAUUAGCAGUUACAGGUUGUUUGUAUAAACACUAAUAAAUAUCGUAGCUCAGAUAUUUUUCCUCUAAAAUGAAUUAAGUUUUUCCAAAAGGUAGACUCAAUAGAGUAGUGUAGAAAUGUAGUGUGGGCAAUAUAGUUUUCAUUUACUUAAAUGACCACUUUAUUUAAGCUGUUCCAUUUAAAAGCUUUUGGUUAUCGGCAUGAAGUUGAAAUAAUUAUUUUGGUGGUUAACUUCACUGACUCAUCUGUAAUUAUCAUUUUAUAGUACUUUAUAUAGUUGUUGAAAAGGUUUUUACGUAUCUUGACCUAGUCAGUUUGUGCAGGAACCCUGUGAUGUCGGUAGGAUGGGUUGUAAAGUAAUGUUGAGGGACGUGUGGCAUCUCGGCUUGCUAGGCUGGCUUGCCCGACUGCUAGUGAGCUGGGAGCAGAGCUCAGGAUGAGACUUCAGGGUCAGGGUCAGAAGCUGGUCCCGUGAACUACACCUUAAGUUGCUGAAAAUGUCAUCUGUGCAACACAGAUGACAUACCUCCUUAAGUAAAAUUAUGGUAACUGAAGGAGACUCUGUACAUUCAAAAUAAUGUCUGUAAAUUUAUUUGUCCAUACUAAGUAGAGGUAGCAAAAGCAAUCCUAAGUGGUCAUAUUUGAUGAAUUCACAACCCAUUAAAGAAAAAAUACGUGCUGAAGGAAAUAAAAAAGAUGUAUUUUAAGAA